AUGCAUCUUCCAUCCUCCAUCCAGAACCUCGCACUACUGGCCUACCUCUCCAACCUCCUUGCCCCGGUGCAUGCCAUCCCAGUCCUAGAUCGACGCAUCGACGCCGCCAAAGAGUCUCUCGACACCUCCGCAUCGCCCAAAUGCCGCAUCGGCGGCUGCCACCGCGAACGCUGCAUCAAAACCGACUCGCCGGACAUCAAGGUAGAGGAACACGUAUCGGGAUCGAAGCGUGAGGAAAGCGAGAACUGCGAUGGAAAUAUCGAACCUUCAACGGCGAGAUGCUUUGAGAACGUGGAGUGUCGGUAUAAUGAGGACCGUAACGAGUGUGGAUGGGCGGAGAGCGAGGCGUUGAGGACAUGUUUGCAGGCGGCAGCAGUGAUUCAUCCUGAGCCGUCUAAAUCAGAAGCGGAAGAAGAAAAAGAAGAGAAACCAAAGCCGGAAGAUGGCGGUAAAGAAAAGACCGACAAUUCCAAGAAGGAGGCGGGACAGUCUGAGAAAUCUGACAAAAAGACGCCACAAAGGCAACGCAAGCCCGACGACAAUCAAACCGAGUGGGAGUCUUAUGUCGAAGGGGAAGAAGGCGUAGACAGUGUGGCGGAAGUGGACACGACGCUGCCGCCCAAAGACAUCAAAUGGGAUUACGACACUGGCAAGGAAAAGGUCGAACAGGGAAGGCAGCCAUGGCGGUCCCAGGUUUUGGAGAACGUCAAGGACGAAGGCAUGCGAGAUGAGGCCAAGAACAAGGACAAUGGCGACGAGACUCCCGAAAAGAACGUCUCCGCCAGUCCCUCAGCCACAUCCGCCAACAUAUACAACCACGCCGUCCCCGCCUCCGACUCAGUCCCCGAGCCCGACACACCUCCCACCGACGACGACUCCCCCCGGCACAACAAAGCUCUUUCCGACUACAACCCUGCUCUCUCCGUCCUCAAAUCCGACGCCACGACCCGUCGCAUCGCGCCAGAAUGCCGGCCGGCGGGCUGUCACGGCGAGCUGUGCGUAUUGGCCGGGAACGCACCGAUUUUGACACCGUGUGUGUGGCGCAAUGAGUUUAAGUGCUAUCGGGAGGCAAACUGUGUGUAUGACGAAGAGUUGGGGAUCUGCGCGUGGGAUUGGACGGAGCAGAUGGAGGGGUGUGUUGUGGGGAAGAAGGAAGAGGAAGAGAAGAGCAUUAGGGAUAAUUCCUGA